CUGUCAGUGAGUUCACUGUGUGUUUGCCUUUCACGAUGCCGGCACGUUACUGGCAGCGGCAGGUUUAAACCAUGUUAUCCGAAUCCGUGGGAUAAGAAGAAGAAAAAGAAGAAGAAGAAGAAGAAGGAGGAGUGGGAGUAGUAACUUUGUUUGGUCGCUCGUUGUAUUGCUUCUUUCCGGCAAAAGAAAGAUUUCAAGACACUCAGGAGAGUGCAAAGAAGACAGACAGACAGACAGAAUCAUGUUUUAAGUCAAGGCAUCAUUAUGGGUCCCAGCAUACAUCCCUGCCUUCUGUGUUACCAAAUGAUGGCAUCAAGAGGUCAGGAUUCCCUUUUGUUGUCUUGGAGUUCCAUAUUAAUUCCACACUGAGCCGGCACGUUUCUUUUUCAUUAUGUUAGACAUGAACAAAAGCAUGGUUUCAAACGAAUCAUGUCACAAUACCACCUGCAAUGAUGUUCUGGCUGUGAAUGAGGAUGGCAAGCCAGCGACUAGCAUCAUCAUGUUUUUGGCUGGUGUGGUGGGAAACCUCCUGGCUCUCUUCAUCCUCGGAGUGCACCAGAAGGAGCAUCGCUCUCGGUCUUCUGUCUUCUGCAUCCUGGUGACUGGCCUGGCCCUCACCGACCUGCUGGGCACCUGCCUCCUCAGCCCACCUGUGUUCAUCUGCUACGCCCGCAACAUGUCGUUGAUAAGUCUGGGUGGCAAAAAUCUUUGCAACCUCUUUGGCUUUGCAAUGAGUUUCUUCGGCCUGGCGCCCACGCUCAUCCUUUGCGCCAUGGCUGUGGAGCGCUGCCUGGCCAUAAGCCACCCUUACUUUUACUCUGUCCACAUCCGCCGCAGCUUUGCCAAAUUUGCUCUUUUCUUUAUUUACUUCUUUUCUUUAGCCUUUUGUCUCCUGCCAUACAGUGGCUAUGGCAAAUUCAGACAGUACUGUCCCGGGACAUGGUGCUUCAUCGACAUGGAUGCGACAGGGGAUGACCAGGUCAACUUGGUGCUGGCCUUCUCUCUGUCCUACUCCUCCCUCAUGGCACUGCUGAUCUUUGCAGUGUUUGUGUGCAAUGGUUCAGUGAUUGUCAGCCUGUGCCAGAUGCACCGCAGCCAGGUGAUGCGGCGCGGCUCAGUCGGGUCGACGGGGAGAAGGAGGCGGCUGAGCCUGGCAUGGUUUGGACAGGGAGAAGAAGAGAUGGACCACCUGGUGCUGCUGGCGCUCAUCACUGUCAUCUUUGUGGUCUGCUCCCUUCCACUCACUAUUGCAGGCUUUAUCAACGCCAUUCACCCAUUUUGUGGUGACACAGAGAACCUAACAGCCUUCCGCUUCUACGCCCUCAACCCCAUCGUGGAUCCAUGGGUCUUCAUCAUUUGCCGCAAGUCUGUGUUUCGCCACCUUUGCUCUCUGCUGAGUUGCAGCUUCAGCAAAGGAGCUGUGAAGACAACAGCACACUGCGCUCUGUCUUUACCCCUUGACAGUCACAUACAGUGCAACCCGCCAGACAGGCCAGUUUCACAGACCAACAUGUACUCUAAUUUACCUCUGUGACCCAGAGGAAACCCUUGGCUGUGGAGGGUCAGGGACUGGAGGCCGGGGAGACUUUCGUGUCUGAAAUACAUUGGGGCAAAGUUGUGAAAUGAAACUUUUAACAAAGAAGUAUCAGACUUUGAGAAAGAAGUAUCCGUCACAAUGGAAAUGUUCUGUAGAUGGUCAAUUUAAGUUUCUCUUGGAACUAACUUGAUUGCAAUUGGUCUCAAACUUCCACUGACUGAUGGAAAUGUUUAAAGUUGCAGGGAGGGUUAUGCCACAAAGCAAAAAGCACUGUAACUAAGCACUAAGGAACACAUCAAUCCACAUCAAGCCUAUGGAUAAUAUACUUCUACUCAAUACAUAUAUGCACUAUGGUAAAGCUAUAUGGGUAAACAAUAUGCAUGAAUGUAUACUGUCUUCUUUUUUCCUUCAAUCAGUCGGCCUUUUCUUUAAGACACAGCCAGGUGACUCUUGGAUAAACUGUCCACAGCAUCUUGACACUGUUGACAUGAAGAUAUUAUUUCAAUACCUGUCACCGCUGGGGUUGAUUACAUGUUUAUCCAUUUCACGUGACCAGUUAUAAUGUGAGUGUGAUCUAAAAGAGACACACAUACAGUACCAGUUAAAAGUUUGGACACGUUGUCCGUGUGUCUAAACUUUUGACUGGUACUGUAUUUUGUAAGGACGAGUUAUCAUUAUACUGUCACGUGUAGCCACUGAUAUUUUCAUAUUUGUGAUAUGUGUGUACAACAAGAAUUAGCAUAAAUUAAACCAUUAACGGGCCUUAAUGCAGAAUGAUCAACCACUAAAACUAACUCUACAGCAAUGCUAGAGGUCCUUUAACGCUUUCACUUUGGCACAGCGGUACUUUGAGCUAAAUGCCAAUGUUAUCAUGCUAACAUGCUUGUGUUUAGCAUGUACAGUAUUAACAAUGAUCACCAUCUUACUUUUGUGUGUUUGUUUGCUAACAUUUGCUAAUUAGUACUAAAAGAGUAGAGCCGAAGCUGAUGGGAAUGUCAGUAGUUUUAGGUAUGAGGUAUCAUAAACCAGAGAAAUGAAUGCAUUGAGAUUUUGACCUUGUGAUGGUGUUAAAUGAAAAGUAAAGGGGCUAUCAAAGUGAACAGCUCAUACAGUAGAUCACUAUAGAGCACUGCACCAAAUUUCAUGGCAAUCCAUUUAAUUGUUGUCGAGGCAUUUCACUCAAAACCAAGAAUGGUAUUAACGAAGAGUCAAGGGGUCACCAAGAGUCAGUAAUAAGCUUCAUCCUCCCUGGAAUAUGAAUGUCUGUGCAUUCAAUGUCAUUCUGUGGCCACUGAUCAGUCUCGACCAAAGUGGUAGGCUAUAAAGUCUCUAAAGUGACACCGCUAGUGUAUCUAAAAACAAGAAUGUAGAUUUUCAAGUUAGAAUAAUUACUUCUUGACCACAGAGUGCAAGUCUGGGUUCCAGCUGUGUUGCUUUUACAUUGUUCCUGUGAAAAUAGCCUCUCAGUAAGUCUUUCAGUCUGACACAUAGUGCUGGUUCGUGUUUUGUUGAAACAGAGCAAAUAAUCAACAUGUUUCCUGACAGAAAGCAUUAACAUUUUACCACCCACAGUCCUAUGUGCAGGACAAACUGCCACCACUAUGAAAAGUUGCAUGGAUAUGAACAUUUAAUUUAUGAGAGAUAAGAAUCACAUCUUUUCAAGUUGUUGUCGGUUCAAAAAGGAACAACCUGUCAUAGAAAUGAUGAAAGCACUCUGGCCAGUCCAAAAAUGCAGUAAAUUAAAAGUAAAAAUUGGUCAUUUAUUUUGAUUUAGGCUUAGGUUAAAGGUUUAACUUCUGAAGUUCAAGUCUAAUCCUCUGUCGAGAAACCAGAUCAGUCAAUCCGAAACUUAAAGCCACUUAAGUCUCAAGGCUCAAUUUAUGUUCCUGUCCAGCCCAUAAUAUAAAUGUAUUGCAUGAACAUUGGAUUCCACCUCACUGAUUUCUAAGCUACCUAUUAUAAAUGUCUGUGAAUGUUCUUUUAAGAGCCUCUUGCUUUUGAAAAAAGAACUGCUGCUUCAAAAUGCACUGUGAUAAUUAAUCUUUUGUUGUUGUUGUUGUUGUGACUUUAAUGCUGUAGCUGCAUUUAAAUGUAGUGUAUUUAUGCCCUUACACUGUGCUAUGAUGUUGUGUAUGAUUGUGUUGGUUUGGUGUAUACGGUGCAGAGACACAGGGAUAUCAGAUGGAGUUCAGGUUUUCUGGCUGUGUUGCACAUUUUUCUGCACAUUUUUCCCUGUUUAGUCUUUAAUGCUCUGUCACACGAGCCAUCGAAAGUCAGACACAUUACCAUUUGCACAUUUUGUUCUUUGAGGGUAUAAUUAUUUGACUCUGAAUAAAAUAGUACAUUUUUGAAAAAAAUAGUACGGUACACAGUUUGUUCAUGUGAAAUAAAAUAUUAACAAAAGAAACUAGAA